AUGGCAUAUUAUUUUGAGUCAUCCGAAGCAUGAAAGUUCGAUUUUGAUACAGAAACCUGAGAGAAAAUCGAAAUUGACUGAAACGAAGAUUUUGGAUCACGAUUUUGCACUCUGUAUUAUGAAAAUUCAGUAUUUAUUAUUGGAGGUAUUUGUAAUGGAACUUUGAAUAGAGUUUUGCAAUUUGAAUCAGAAUCCAUAAGACAGUUAACACCUAUGCUUUCUAGCAGAGCUGAUCUAUGUGCUAUAUGUUUGUCAGGGAUUAUUUAUGCAAUUGAUAGAUAUAAAAUGGCGAUGACGAAACAACAGUCCUCUUGUGUGAAUAUCCUAUGGAUAUCCGGGCAUGGUUUUUGAAGCGAACUGGCAUAGCAGUAUAUAAUGACUUGCGGCGAGGAUCCUAAGAAACGAGCAGAAGUUUUGUGGCCUGAUCCUAUGGGCAGUUAUAAAGACUUCUUUAUGCCAGCUGCACCCAAGCCAGUAGGCGCCCCCGAAUAAGCAGUUUGAUUAGCUGCUUAAGUUGCUAUCGUGGUUUGCCCCAAAUCGCGGAAGUGGCUGGGUAUUUUUCCAGGAUUAGGCAUACAUUUUAUCUGCAGUCCCUCCGGCUGAGGGUCCUUUGAGUGGGGCGAUCUGACCAGAGUAGAAAAUAUAAGAUGGCGUAAUAUGGACAAAAAGACAUGUACUAAUUGACCAAGAAUAGCCCACUAAGGAGCCAUUCUUGGUCUGCCAGAAAAAAUUUUGACAAAAGAUCCUAAUCUGCCAUUACCACUGAGUUUUGGUGUUUCCAAAUUUUUUGGGGCAAGCCAAAUGCAAUAAAAAAAAUUGUUCUUUUGCGAUGAUGCAUUUGGCUUGUCAAAAAAAUUUGGCAACACCAAAACUCAGUGGUAAUGGCAGAUUAGGAUCUUUUGUCAAAAUUUUUUCUGGCAGACCAAGAAUGGCUCCUUAGUGGGCUAUUCUUGGUCAAUUAGUAUAGUUAGAAAUGGUGAUGCUGAGCAAUGGUCUGCAGACCCAACGGGGCAUUCACCACUGACAAAUUGUUUUCAGCCUGGGCUCAGAGGUAAGUCCACCCAAUUCGCUUGAGCCACCGGCAGAGCUCCUUAAGGAGCUGUACAGAUGUCACUCAUUGAAGUGGGGACUUUAAAUAUCUAGCUUCUAGCAUAGCAUAACAUAUGCAAUUGGAGGGUAUAAUGAAGAAUCUGACCACUCUUUGAGCACUGUUGAAGCUUAUAAUAUUGAAAAAAAUAAAUGGACUUCUCUUCCUCAGUUAAUUUAUCCGAGAGUAAAUUCAUCUGCAGCUGUAAAUGGGAGUUCUAUUUAUGUAUGUGGAGGAACAGGGAUUUCCUCAAUAGAAAAGUUCGAUAUAAAUCAGGAGGAAUGAAUUCUUUUAGAUUUGGUGCUUCCAGGUAGCAUUUCUUCAUCAGGGCUUUUCUCAAUAAACCAAUCCAUUAUGAUUUUCGGAGGCCAAGAUGAAUCUGAAACUGCUUUGCAUAGCGUGUGGCUCCUUGACUUGCCAAAUGAUUCAAUAGCUAUGCAGCAGCAGCUUCGAAAGUCUUUUAUGAUAAACCAGCCAAUCAUAAACCGUUGUGGAGUAUUAUAUUUAUUCCAUGAUAAAGAUUUUACAACUUAUAAUAUCGGCCGAUUUAAAGAAAGAAACGGCAGCGAAGUUAGCUUAACCCCAUCCAAAAUUGAGUAUAUAAGGACCGAAGACUUUUUAAGAAAUUCCUUAGAACGAGGCGUCUUCCACGUCGACAGACACUCAGUGAAUUCUUUCAAAGUCUCCCUGCCGAAUUCUCCUAAAGUCCUUAUCAUUAGAAGAAUCGGCAAAGAUGACGAAAUUGAGUCAGCUUUUAUGAGAACAGUCAGAUAUCUGCUUGACAAAAACACAACAGUAUUCGUAGAAGCUGACAGAACAAAAGACUUAAACCCUCAAGUUCACAAAUUCCACGAAGGAUUAUGUGAAAAAAUUAACUUAGUUAUAACUCUGGGAGGGGAUGGGACUGUCAUAUGGGCCAUCAGCUUAUUUAAACACACAUCAAUGCCGCCGUUGCUUUCUUUUAAUACGGGUUCUCUUGGAUUUAUGACUUCAUAUAAUAUAGGAAGCCUAAACGAUGUUUUAGACCAAGUUUUUACCUUGCCAAGUAUUCAUGUCGAUUUAAUAUCACGUUUAAAAUGCCAUGGAAAAGAAGCGGGUGAAAAAGAAUGGGGCCAAGCUGCCAAUGAAAUUUGUAUUGACAGAGGUCCCGGGGUGUCACUUUUAGAGCUUGAAAUAUAUCUUAAUGGAGAAUUCUGCACAAAUGCUAUUGGGGAUGGGCUGCUAGUAGCCACACCAUGUGGAUCAACUGCUUAUUCUUUAUCAGCAGGAGGCUCAGUUGUGCAUCAUGGAGUCCCUGCUAUAUUAUUGACACCAAUUUGUCCACAUUCAUUAUCAUUUAGACCUAUUUUACUGCCGGAUUCUGUCACUAUUACAAUCAAAGUGCCGGAAAAUUCAAGAAUUCCAGCUUGGGUGGGGAUUGAUGGGCAUUCAAAAUUUAAGCUUGCAAGAGGGGCGUCUAUGGACAUAACGGUUUCUAAUUAUCCUGUGCCAAGUAAGGUUUAUUUAGAUAUAAAUUUGAACCACUGUAUUGCAUCGUGGCUCGGGAGACUGAAUAAUAUUCUCGGGUGGAAUGACAGAAGAAGGCAAAAACCUAUAAUACCUUAUUAG